UGGGACUCACGCAUUGCUUGACAGCCAUUCCUUUCUAGACUUUGGCGAGAGAAACAGAAGACAACGGAGAAACCUACCAUGGCGGCCGUAGUAUCAUCCGCUUGGGGAAAGCCCGGCUCCUGGGCCCUUGAAGCAGAGGAACACGAAGCCGAGCUCCAGCAACAAGCGCCGCCUCUUAAGCAGGGCUCCGCCGCCGAUGAUUCCGCCGAUUUUCCCUCCCUCGCCACCGCCGCCGCCGCCGCCGCCACCAAGACUAAGAAGAAGAAGGGACAGACCAUAUCUCUGGCUGAAUUCAACGCCUUUGGCUCUGCUAAGGCGGCGGCGCCUUCGCCGCAGGCCGAGCGUCUCACGCCCGACGAGCUCAUAUCCCUUCCGACUGGUCCGCGGGAGCGCUCCGCCGAGGAGCUCGACAGAUCUAAGCUUGGAGGCGGCUUCAGGAGCUACGGAUCUGGUAGUCGUUACGGGGAUGAGUCGUCGAACUCGAGGUGGGGAUCUAGGGUUUCUGAAGAAGGAGGGAGGAGAGGCGGCGGGUUUAACAAGGAAUCAAGCAGGGAUUUCGCUCCAUCGCGUGCUGAUGAAACCGACAACUGGGCCGCCGCGAAGAAACCGAUUGGUAACGGAUUCGAGAGGAGAGAGAGAGGGGGAUUCUUCGAAUCUCAGUCGAAGGCUGACGAAGCCGACAGCUGGGUGACGAGUAAGCCCUCGGAGCCCCGGAGAUUCGGUUCUAGCAACGGUGGCAACAGGUUCGAGAGUAGAGGAAGUUUUGAUUCGUUGUCGAGGAACAGGGAGUCCGAUGCGGACAGCUGGGGAAGGAAGAGAGAGGAGACCGGCGGUUCACGGCCGAGGCUGGUGUUGCAGCCCCGUUCGCUGCCGGUCACGAACGGAAAGCCUGACGACCCUGUAACUGUAGAGAAACCCAAGGGGGGCAAUCCUUUUGGGAACGCCAGACCUAGAGAAGAGGUUCUCGCGGAGAAGGGCAAAGACUGGAAAGAGAUCGAUGAGAAGCUUGAGGCCGUGAAGUUGAAGGACGUUGCCGCCGAGAAGCCCGGCGAAGGGCCGGUCGGAAGAAGGGGCUUUGAUAUUGGCAAUGGGCUUCAGGACGCCCGUACCGAGAGAAGUUGGAGGAAAAGCGUGGUGAAUUCUGAGGAGGCAGCAGCUGCACAGGAAGAGCCGGAGGAGGAGGAGCCAACGGCUGCUGCAGACGAGACAAAGCAAGAGACAGACUAAAGACAGGAGCUUUAUUUUUCUGAGUGUUAAAUGUUGGUUGGUACUUGGUGUUAGAACUUGUCCUCUUUUAGAAAAUUUUGGUAGGCUCUUCCUUUACUCUCUCUUCUGGGUUUUGAGUCAUUUGUUGAAUAGUGGGUUUGGACACACUUGCAUUUUAGGGUCUCUGCCCCUUUUAUUGUCCUAAAACUUGUUUAACGUUCUCGUCUGAUUUUUGUUGAAACAA